GCAGUCUCCUGACAGUCUGCUCUACGUAUGGGAGUGUCACUUCUAACCGGAGGGAAGUGUGGUGUGUCCGGUGUGCGGCAUGAAGAACUCUGACGUUGCUGUUCAUGUUUGCCUGCAGAAAUGAGCAAACACGCGCCGCCAAAUUUCCACGACACCAUAUAACAAGACCGCGAAUCCAAUGACAUUAACAACUACCACUGUUCCUUGUCGGGGUGACUAUGGUGUUUUCGGUCGGUAAAACGGAUCAACCGUAGCCCGGCCGUGCCCCCUGCGUCUGUCCUGAAUGUUUCUGCGUCAGUGACCGCGAUGCGUUUCAACGAGAAGGAGCUGGUCUUUUUGAGUCGCCAGCCCUCUGAGAUGGCAGCUGAACUUGGGAUGCGAGGUCCCAAAAAAGGAGACGUUGUGAAGAGGAGGCUGGUGAAACUUGUCGUUAACUUCCUCUUCUACUUCCGGCCUGAUGAGGAGGAGCCAGUUGGGGCUCUGCUGUUGGAGCAGUGUCGAGUGGAGAGGGACGACAGCCAGACUUUCUCUAUAGUGUUUCUGGAUGAAGCGGAGAGGAGGUAUCUGUUUGAAUGCGACAGUGAGGAGGAAUGUGGGAAGUGGAUUGACUCCAUUAUCAAAGCGAGUUAUGAGUUUAUGCGGAGGAACCUCAUAUUCUAUCGCACUGAAAUCCACAGGCUCACUGGGAAGGACCCCUUGGAGCAAUAUGGUAUAUCUGAUGAAACUCGCUUCCAGGUCAGCAAUGGUCUGCAGCUUAUGCCCAGAGAUACCUCCUCCCUGUAGCCCGGCAAUCUAUUCUCAAAUGAUUUUCAUGUUGUUUCACUCUGCCAUUCCAUUGUUCAUCGUUCACUUCCCACUGGUUUGAAAAACAGCAGCAGCACUGUCUACACUCCAGCUUUGUCUACAUAUUUGCUAUUGCUAGGACGACAGAUAAUGAGGGACACAAUGUUUCUUUGGACAGGCUCGGUUUAAACCAAAAUUGCAUCUUUGUAGUGAUCAGUCAUUAUAGGUAAACAUGUAGGUCUCUCUGUACUCUGUACUGUUAUUGGUGAUUAUGGGGGUUUUCAAGCCAUUUACUUUGUAAUGUUUAUCUGAUGAUUUUAUAAACAUUUCUUUAUUCUGUGCUUUCCACUGGAUAUACUGUACAUGCAGAGAAUGUGAUGUUGAAAGGCUGUAACUGUUCUAAGAUGGAGUUUUGGCAUUUAGUCUGUAGAUGUACCUUCAGUAAGAGUCUCAAAAAUUGAGAUUGGUGUAAAACUAAAACCUAGAGAAAAUGUAUCCUUUUGGAAAGGGCUUCAAAUGCUGUCAGUACAUCUGCACGUGAUGCAAUAGUCCUUAGACCUACUGAGCUGAGCCACAUAUUUUGCUCCGCAUUUAUGUAAAUUCUAUUUUUUUAGCUGUAUGUAGAUGUAUGUAUUAAUCUUGUAUGCCCCUUUAGACAAUUUAGUUUUAAAAAUGAUCCUUUUGCACAUACAACUGGGUGUAUAACAAAGGUUUAUUUAGUUAAUAAUUACAAUUUCAUUAAUUAACUUGAACUUAACUUAGUUUUUUGUUUCACUGUGAAUCAAACUAUUUUGGGUAAGCUGUCGGACCUGACUCUUGAUGAGAUUCCAUAGGUGUUACACCCCCAUUUGCAAAGUUUCAACAAAUAGCGAGACUAAGUUUUGCUCCCUUACAUUUUUCUCAUAAACAAAUUUUUGCUGUACCUUACAAAUUGGUUAAAUAUUUCUGUAAGAGAUGUGGAACAUGUAAUUGAAUGUGACUGUUCCUAAAAAGUGUUGCACAUGAAAUGUCUUUAGUCUAUCUUUAUUUACAGCAUUGUUAUUUCACUGGCAUCUCUUUUUUUUAUACCAAUAAAGCAUUUGAAAUAUUCUGUUAAAAUGAUGCCGUGCUUUUUUUGUGUCUUGUUUGUCAAUGGACACCAUUGCUAACUGAGAAACUGUAUGUGCAGCAUUAAACACUCCU